UGUGACGUCGCGCGGCCGUCUAGCUUUGUGUGUCCAUAUAUGGUCAUCUACGUCACGCAGUUGUUCCGUGCCCCUGUUGAACAAGAAAGCGUUGGAGUUCCCUGCGCUCGCAACAGAGCGAGCAGUGCUACACUUGUGCAAUCACCACCACCAACCAACAUCUCUCUGCUGAUCCAGAGACAAUAACACUUCACAGAAAUCAAACACAAAAACUAUCGACAAUCAACCUCUUGAGGAGACAUCAGCGCGGUGCUCGUCGCGCGUUUGGAUACAAUUUCAAAGGGAUUGCGAUCUCUUUCUGUCGCUUUUAGAGAGAUUUCAAGAAGACUGGAGAGUGAUCGGGACGGAACACCUGUGCGUGCUCAUUAAUGACAGACUGAAUAACUGCUAUGACAGGUAAACUAGCGGACAAGAUCCCUAUUACCAUGAGCAGUUUAAUCAACACCAUACCUGACAGUCUCUAUCCAGAAGAAGACAUUCCCACUUCUAUGAACAUUUUCACAAACCCGGACUCUAUUUCGCACUACUCGCAGAUGAACACAGAUAAUAUCAUGGACUUGGGGAUGGGCGGCGAGAAGGGCAGUGGAGAAGUUCAGUACGGCUCCGGUUUCCAGUCUGGUCGAAGCGGACAAACGGUCACCUACCUGGGCAAGUUUGCAUUCGACACCCCUCCUUCCGGCAGCAUCGGAGGCUCCGGUUGGUGUCCCGACAACAACAUCAUCAGUCUGGUGAGUGCGGGAAUCCUGGGGGUGUCGCCGUCACCUGGCAACAUCACCACCCAGACGUCUUCGUCGAGCGGCAGCAUGGGUGGCCAGUCGUCAGACAUGGAGCAAGUGUACGCGCCACCCCUUCCUGCCUACUCGACCUGUGGUGAGAUAUACCCAGAACAGGUGACGUUCCACCACAGCCCGGCCACGUCCUCGUCUUUGCCCUACCCGGCUCCUGACUACCACACCACCUCCAAACCGGGCAUGGACGGAAGCCUCUUUUCCAUGAUCCCAGACUACAACCUCUUCCAUCACCAAGGGGAAGUAGGGGUGAUGGAGCAUAAACCCUUCCAAACCAUGGACCCUAUUAGAGUGAACCCGCCUCCCAUAACUCCCCUCGAGACCAUUCGAGCCUUUAAGGAUAAGCAACAGAUCCAUCCCGGCUUCCUCGGCGGGCAACAGCACGUUUCCCAACACCAUCAACCCUCUCAGACACUCGCUCUCAAACCCAUUCGACCAAGAAAGUACCCCAACCGGCCAAGCAAAACUCCUGUCCACGAGCGACCGCACGCCUGUCCGGCGGAGAACUGCGACCGUCGCUUUUCGCGAUCAGACGAGUUGACGCGUCACCUGCGCAUCCACACGGGACACAAACCCUUCCAGUGCCGCAUCUGCAUGCGAUCCUUCAGUCGCAGCGACCAUCUAACCACGCACAUCCGCACGCACACCGGCGAGAAGCCCUUCUCUUGCGAGUUCUGUGGACGCAAGUUUGCGCGUAGCGACGAGCGAAAGAGGCACGCCAAGGUGCACCUGAAACAGAAAGACAAGAAACCCACGGACAAGGCCAGUAGCGCUGGGGCAGGGGGGAGCCACACCUCUCCUCCCAGCUCCUGUGGGAGCGCAGGACCCAGCAGUGCCAAUAUCAUGACCGUCACCACUUGUGCAUGAGAUGGACUUGCGAAGUAAGACUGCGAGGAGAAAAAAUGAAGGUUUCUUUCUCCUCUUAUAUACACUUGACUCUAUACUCGCUCCCUCUCACUAUAUCCAUCCGUUUCCUACGGUUUUCGUUGAUUAUGGUGGCAUUUUUUCUGUAGCCACUAUUGUUUUAGGUCAAAUGAGUGGGGAGUAAGUGGACUAGUGUUGCAUGGAUGGGAUGGAGAAGACGACGGUUCAAGCAGUCAGGUCAAUCCACAGAAAGAGCACUUGCAGAUGCAGCGUAGUCACAAGGGUUCAACUCUCAGCUCUGGGGACCAGAGCAAUCUCUUGAGAUUUUAGUCUUUUCAUUUUUUCCUUGUAUUUUGGUUUGUCAGUGAGUUGUCAGAUAAAAAAAGUGCACUUUCAUUUGCUUAAUGUGUUGCAGUCUUUUUAAAUGAUUGUUAAUUAUUUAAUGUUUCUGUGUUGUUGUUGUUUUUCAACAGAAUGUGCCAAAUGUAUUUAAAUACAGCAGACAGUUUUUUUUAAAAAAAGAAAACAAUAUUGUUUGUAUUAAUCUAAUAACUUCAUUUCAAAUGUUGAUUUGGGGAAAACCUAAGCUCUGAACGCUCAAGGAGACUGAGUUCAGGUGGACGUUAAAGGUCUGUUGCAUUAUGCAGUUGCGUUAUUUUAAUUUUAUCGAAAUCCCUUAUGUACACGUAAGGGAUGCAGAUGGCAUCAGCAACGGACUUUCAGUGCAAUAAAAAACGAAAAACAACAACAACAACGACAAUAAAACACAGUCUGGCUCACUUUCACGAGUUUACUUUCUAAGGGUUGAAAUUAAGACACAGCUGUGGCCUUUACCCGUUUCGCUUAAUUUAGUGUGCAUAAGGGCCAAACUUGCAGUUCUGCAUAUCUACUUUUGGUGAUCCGAUCCAAACGUUUUGCCUUUCUGUUUUUGCUGCCUGUAUCCCUGCAUGCAUCUAGUAUCACGUCUUUGCUAGUACUGAAAAGAUUGCAUCAGUCAUGACUGAAGACCCACAGCAAUAUGCAUCCAAUUCAAUCCAUGCAGAGUGUCAACACGAGUUACUGCUUCAAAAAUGACUAUUUUUAUGUGACAAUUGUCCUUUUGUUUGUCCUUAUUGUCACUGUUUUACCGGACAGUUGCUUUUCUUGCUUUCGUCAUCCAAUCAUCUUUUGCCGGGUCCCUUUUUAUGCACAUUAUAUAUUCAGCACGCAUUUUAACACACAUGUACACACGGUUUUCAAAAACGAAAUCAGCCAAAAUUAUGGUAAUGCUUGCCUGUGAGCAUCACCGCUGGGCAGGAUUGAUCUUAGGAGUCAUUGUUUUGCAUUUUUAACGGCUGAGGCCUGCCUGCUAUAUGCAUGCCAUUCAAGAUGUUUUUGGAUGGGAACAGUUUCGACAUUUAUACUGCUCUCAGGGGCAGCACCGUAAUGUGGUAUAUCUCCACGGUUACUCAUAUCCAGAUCAUGCCUAGAGAUUCUGAAUAUUAAUGAUGAGAACGAGAGGGGGUUUUGUACAGAUAAUUAUACAAACAUAUUACUACAUGUUUUUUACUUGGAAUGUACAAAGCAAUGUCCUUCAGUAUUAAGAUGUUUGUCCGUGCACGUGUGUGUGUAUGUGUGUGUGUGUGUGUAUGCUAAUGCAUACGCAAACACCCGUAUACUUGGAUUUUACAUUGACUGAAUGUUGAAACAAAGGGUGUGUUUACAUUUUUGUUUUCUUUUUUCUUCUGUUUUUGAGAUUGUGAUUGUGUACAUAGUGCAGAAUGUUUUUUAAGUGUGUGUGAGUGAGUGUGUGUGUGUGUGUGUGCAAGAAAAAUCGACUAUUGACAGUGUCAAAUGUGAUGCAUUCUCCGGCAUUUCUUUAAAGUCUCAAAUAUUAUCUGUUAUAGCGCAAUUUUGCAAAUGAUGACUUGCAGACACACUGAAUGAUGUGUUUAAUAAAUGAAUAAACAGUAAGAUUAUUUGGUGAAAAACGCAAAGCAAAAAUCUGUGUAUCUCAUUAUCUCAUAAGCAAACUAUGCAUACAAAACACUACGUUUUAGUUCACUACAGCUAAUUUAAAAUUAGAAAUGUUGAGCUUUCAUUAAAAACCCACACUUCAAUAGACUUAAAAUUAAAACAAUGAUUCAAAAUCUUUUUAAUAGUUUUAACCAUACGGUCCAUGAGUCCCAAAUAUAACUCCUGGCUUACAUUCCCAGAAAAAUUAAAUAUACCCUUUUUAUAUACAUAUUUUUGGCAGGCUCUUACCAUCUUGGCCAAACCACUUCUGCAAAGUAUCUUCUGGCAGAAUUUCCUUUUUUUUUCCUGCUGGUGAGGUUAUGCAUGAAUAACUAACAUAAUAGUGGUAUUUAGGAUCAAUUUUAUGUGACAGUCCUUUAAUUAAACAACAACAACAACAAAAUUAUUAUUAUUAUUGCUUUUGCAGCCCAUUUAAAAAGAAUAAAUGCAAUAUUUAUCUGAGGUGCAAAACGGAAAUGAUACAAACCAAAUAUUGAUCCAGAAACUCAUCUACAUACUGCAGAAAUUUGCCGAAAGCUAAACAGGCAUUCUGAAUGUAUACAUUGGCAUUAUUGUCUUGAAUUAUGCAUCAGUAUGGCCCUUAAUGUCAGAAUUGUGUACACAAGUAAGUUUGUACCUCCUAACCUCUCUCAGUGUAAGUGAAGAAGGGAAUAUUACAUAUUAGAUUCCUAUGAGGAGAGUGUAAAUGUUGAGUUAUAUCAGUUUCUGUAAUAUCAGGACCUGUUCAAGGUCUCUCCUCAGAAAUAUUUUCAUUUCUGAAGCACACAUGGUAUGAGAAGUAUUGUUUUUAAAAUAGGAAUACAUACAAAAACAGCUUCUGGCUUAAUUUUUUUUUAUCUGUUAUUUUCUUUUUUUUCUUUCUUUCUGUGCCAAGACACAUCAGAAUGCAGGGCCAAACUGGAGCAGUAAAAAUAGCGAAGCAGUUCUCACAGAUCAGAUACGAUACCCGACGGAAUUGUGUGCUUGCAUGUGUGUGUUUCUUCAGUUUGAAGACAAUAUUUUACUUUAGGAGCUGCGUGCUGAAAAGCUAGAGAUACAGAAGAAAUUCAUCUGGCGAAUUGCUUCUGACAUAAAACACAAUAUCCGUCAUAACUCUGAUUUUAUUAGCUACAAGUAAAAGUCUUCCUCAUAAAGUUCUGUGAAGCAACAAGCAAUCGUGACCUCCGGAAAACUUAUGUGCGUAUGUGCGUGUGUUUGUGUUUGAGCAUGCUUGCAUGCACCUGUAUAUCUGUGCUGAGUGCUUCCAUGUCCAUAUUUUCCAUUUUUAUAUGUGAGUCAAUUUCACUAGAAUAGCCAAAAAUAAAUUGCUGUGACCAUGUGAGUACAGUAUCAGAGAAACUAGCUCAAUAUUAGCCCACCCCACCUAUUGAAAAAAAAAAAAAAAAAAGAAUUUUAUAUAUAAGAUUAAAGUUUCAGUAUCAUUUGCAAUUAACCAAGAACUUUGCAUUAGUAUAAUCAGCCCGUUUUUGGGGCAAAUGGAUAUCGUGACGAGUCUCACAACUCGACUCCCCUCCUCGUCAUGGUCUCAGCAUGACUGUUCACUGUCCGGCUUUGGAUCAGAGCCAGAAUGAACAGCCUUGUUUGUGCCAAAGCGGGUUGCAGGCUUGGCUGCCCUGGAACAAUAUGCACGGAGGACAGCACAGAAAUGUAAAUGUGACCCUAGUCAGCUCUGAAGCAGGCCCUGUUUCACAACACUGAUUCACUGUUGUUUACCUGAUUAUUUUGCUCCCUUUAACCCUCUCAUUAUGGCCGGUCAUUAAAGACUGAGAGUAAACAUUCAGCAUCGGCCCAUGACGCUGUCCACUGCGCUGUACACGAUCAGUGACUCAUCUCCUCUACAGAAAAACAACAA